AUGGCCUUUGUGGCCAAAAGAGCCCACAGGCAGUUCCUGGGUCUGGUGCUGGCGGUAUUGGGACUUAUCUUAACGGCUGGCACUAGUGGAGUGAAUGAUUGGAGGCUAUGGUACGUGGACGACCUGUCAGUCAUCAACUCUGGCGUGGCCUGGGUGGGCAUCUGGAGGGCCUGUUUCUACAGCCAUGUUCUUGACACGUUUGAGUUCUGCCAGAGCAUCAGCAUCACAGACUCUUUCAUUCCUCCGGAGAUCGCUGCAGCACAGGUGCUGUGCAUGACUGCCAUUCCUAUAGGAAUUGCUGGAAACCUGAUUGCAGGAUACGCUGUGAGACAUGUGUACUUUAAUAUUAACAGAGGCCACAUCAGAUGGGCCUUCGUGUUAGCUGGAGUCUUGUACCUCCUCACUGCGACAUGCUCUCUGGUUCCUGUGUUUUGGAAUAUGAAUUCAGUGCUGGAGAAUCGCACUAUAGAUUUCCCCCCAGAGUUCCACCUUCCCCCUGCUCCUUAUAGACAGGAGGUGGGCAUGGGCAUCGUAAUGGGGAUUUGUUCCUCUGUCUUGCUCAUUGUAAGUGGGCUGCUCUUGUUGUCCUACAGGCAACCGGUUAAACUCCAGAAACCCAAUGCUGAGGCCUGUGACACAGAGGAGAAAGCUCAAAGCGACACAAACAUGGAUGCUAUUACAGAAACUGGAGAGGAAGGGAAUGAAAACCCAGCCUUUCAGGCUGAGGAUAAACUUUCAUGA